GCAUACUGGCAGGGGUGGGGUAUACGAAGAUACGGAACGGAACCUUGUGGUAUGUACACGUUCCUUGAUGGCGCUCUAGGUGAAGCAUCUUUUUGGGAACUUUAGCUUGGAGAGUUGGAGAAGUGGUAACCCCAGGUGCGGGACUGUCAUCCAUUCCACAACAAAAGGCUCCAAUGGGCUGGCAACGUGGGGGGGAUAGGAGAAGAGAAGGAGAUGUCGGGUGUCGGGUGUCAUGGCAUCCUGGCAACGUGGACUUUGGUGUGGGUUGCCUCUAGUGGCAUAUAGCGAAGUUUCCUUUUAGACGGUCCGGAUGCUGCCUAUGACAGGGUAACGGGACGAAAACUAAGACGGCGGCUGCAGAUGAGCUGAGGAAUUGCGGGUUUUCCUUGCAUGUUCUUUUGGCGGCGAGAGGUUGAUCUGUGGGUGGUGCUGGUGAUUGUGCGUGGGGAGAAGAGGUGGUCUGAUUUUCUGAACGCAACUCGACUGCGGCCAUGGCACCAGGCGACAUGUAGCCGACGUCACCUCAUGCCCCACGUCGAUAUCGGUUGUGAUCCUGUCCGCGUCAUGGUACUUGAUUUGCCUUGUCAAUCCGUUUUCAGGAGAUGGAGGAAGAUGUUUUUAGAUCCAAUGGCUUUUUGGGUCAGGAACGCUUGCUGCACCUUGGUGGUUGAGGUCUCAGUAAGUGGAGGAAGUACGGAGGAAAACAGUAGGAGAAGUGAAGUCGGGGCAGCAGCGGGCCGAGCAGAAUCGCCGCUUCGGGACAUGGUACGGUACCUUCAAGGUACGUAUUCGGCACCGUCGGCAGCUGCCGUUCGCCGGCCCGGCCUAUCCAUGGUGAGCCAAGGUGAAGACGGUGACUGGAAAGGUGAGGGAGGUGCUGAUGGGAGAGAAACACCAUUGCUGUCAAGCGCUGCACACGUCUCUCCAUUACAACUCGCAACGUAACGCCUGCACAUUAUCGGUAGCUCUGCCCAGUCCGAGCUGCCGGGCCAAUCUGUGUUACACCAACACAUUUCCGACCCAAUUCAACCCAUCCAUGCCCGCGUCCGAAAGCCUCA